GCCCAAAAAAACCUCCACAACCACAAACCCCACGGAACGCGGCCGAACAGGACAGCCAGUCCGCCGCCCAUGUUGCGCACGGCGAUCCCCGCGGCGGCGCGGCGGCGCAUCUCCUUUGCCCCGGCUAGAUUCGCGCACGAGCUUGCGCAGGUGCAGGCGCAGGUCCAGUCGGCCGUCCCUGGACGGGACGGCCUUGAGCCGUCGUGGGUCCCCCUGUACAGGAGGAUCUCGAAGCUGUCCCAUGGCAGGCAGCCGGGAAUGGCGGCGGCGGAGAUGACCAAAUAUCUCCGCGAGAGGCGCCCGCUCUCGGAGUACCAGAUCGUCGCCUACAUCCGGAAGCUCCGCAAGUUCAAGCGUCACGCGUGCGCGCUCGAGUUGAUGGACUGGAUGGAAGCUCGUGGAGCAAAGUUGACGCCUGGGCAUCAAGCGCUGCGGAUUGACCUUGUUUCAAAAGUUCACGGGAUACAGGCAGCUGAAGAAUAUUUCUGGAGCCUUCCAGAUAUAUUGAAGUCAAGGAAAGCUUAUUCAUGUUUGCUUAACUGCUAUGGUGAACACGGGAUGGCAUUUAAAGGUCUGAAAUUCUAUGAGAAGAUGAAAGCCAAGAACAUUGUUCCAAAUACACUGGUGUACAACAGCCUGAUGGCUUUGUACAAAAAGGCGGGCCAGCCAGAGAAAAUCCCCUCCACAUUUGAAGAAAUGCGAGAAAGCGGUAUAACUGCUAACAGUUUUACAUACUUCUCAUUGGUAGAAAGCUAUGUUACAAUGAAUGACCUGGAGGCUGCGGAGAAAGUCCUGGAAGAAUUGCAGAAGGUGGCUCCAGUUCACUGGUCCCUAUAUACUCUAAUGGCAAACAGUUACAUUAAACUAGAGCUGUGUGAAAAGGCAGAAGUUGCCCUAAAGAAAGCCGAGGAAGUUAUGAACAAAGAUGAGUUAUCCUCAUGGUAUUUCCUCCUCUCCAUCUAUGCCCGUUGUGGAAAUGCAACUGAGGUUAAGAGGAUCUGGGAGUCUUUGAAGUCCACAUUCAAGAAAUGUCUGAACAGAAGCUAUCUUGUGAUGCUUCAAGCUCUGAGUACUAUUGAUGACUUUGAGUCAUUACAGCAAACCUUUCAGGAGUGGGAAUCGAGUCAUGAACAAUAUGACAUGAGGAUAACAAAUGUGAUGAUCAAAGCUUACCUUGAUAAGGGUAUGAUAGACGAAGCUGAGGCUAUCCGUCAGAGGACCAUGGCUAAGGGUCGUUGUGAUUACAGGACGAUUUACAUAUUUGCCGAAUUCUAUUUGGAAAAAUCUAAUGUUACUGGGGCACUGGAGAUCUUGAGAGAUGCAAAGAACAUGGUGACGGCACACAAAUGGGUGCCAUCCAAAAAGCUUACAGGCAGAUUUCUGAAGCACUAUGAAGAGUCAAAGGAUGUUGACGGUGUGGAGUCUUUCUGCGAGUGCCUGAGGAAGCUCGAAUGCCUUGAUGCGGAAGCUUAUGAGGGCAUGAUGCGCACCUAUAUAGCUGCAGGUAGAACCAACCCAUCCAUUGCUCAGCGCAUCGAAGAUGAUGGGAUUCACGUUGGACCUGAGACGACGAAAUUGCUGGAGUGUGUCUCCGGCAAUUGAAACUGAGAAGGAAAGAAACUUUAUAAGAACUCGAGGCCGCCGUAGAAUUUUUCUUCAUUAUAGAGCAGAAUUAUGACUUGUCGAAGAUGUCGUUAUCUCGUGAAAAGCUUGCUGCCACCGGAUUUCUGUACAUGAAUUGCGGUCAUUUGGCAUUUUACAUUUGAUGCUCUGCUAGCCCCCCGACUACUGUGUAGCAUCUAUCUAAGCUGCUAAUGUGAUGGAGUUAUUUCCAAAAUA